AUGAGCAUUUUUUCAUCAUUUGCAAGCAACAAUAAAAGAGCUCCAUCUGAUUUCCAAAUUGAACUAUUUGAUCCUUACCACGGCGAAGCCGACCAAGACGAAUUCUCUGACAUAUCUCGGUCAUCUGGAAAUUUUGCCAAAACAAUUGAUGCAAAAAUCCGAUUUUCCAAAAGAAACUCCCUAUUAAUCGAAAGAUUUAAAAUUCCAGAACAAAAAUCUGAAUCCCCUCGUUUAUCAAUGUUUUCUGACUCAAAAAUUGAUAUGAUCGUAAAGGACCAAAUUGGCCGAAAAAGAGGUAAAAAAAGAUAUACCUCAAUGUCGUCAAUAUCGACAAGAAAAUCUAUAUUGGAGACAGGAUCUUGUAUAAUGUGAUAUUUUAUUAACGAAAAAUUAUUGCAAGAUUUAAUUCCCGAUUUCGAAAUGUUUCAAUGUAAAAAAAUGUUCGAAGAAAUUUUGAAAAAAGUCCCUAGCUGCCAUGAAGCUAAUUUUGGGUAUGGAAGAUUGUUAUAUUAUGAAAGAGACAUCGAUGGUGCCUUAAAUUACAUUAAAAAUGCAUUAAAAUUCAAGCCAAAAGACUAUCUGUAUAGAAUAUGGUUUGCUUUUUUACAAUUAAAAAUGUCUUGGAAAACUCGUGGAGAUUUUAUUACAUGCAAAUCAUUAUUAGAAGCCCUGAGGAUAGAAAAUCCGAAUUCUUUAGAGAUUCUGUGAGGAUUAAUGGAACUGAGCAUGAGUGGGCUGCUAAGGGUUCAGAGCGAAAUAGAGCUCCCUGAGUACUAUGCCAGCCAUAUAAAAGAAAAUGACAAUUAUUAUGGAUAUUUAGCAUGAGGGGUUUUAUUUUUACAAAAAAAUCCUGAAAAAGGGAUUUUGCUAUUUAAAGAAAUGCUUAAGAGAUUCCCUAAUAGGCCAGAAGCAUAUAUUGUGCUGUGGCAGCAUUUUCAUAAGAAUAAAAAUUAUGUUUUAUCAGAAGAUGUAGCUGCUGAAGCUUUUUUAAAAGCUACAGAAGGAGAAAACAGCCAGUUUUAUAUUUUAUUAUGUAUCAUAUAUGCAAAGGCGUAUUUUAAAAGAAGUAAAAUUCAUAGCUGUCUUGAGCUUCUAGAGCAGAAAUUUAUUGAAAGGCCGACGUGCUCUGUCCUAAUAUAAAUAAUUUAAAUUUAAUAUAUAAAUUAUGUAGGUUAUAAUAAAAAAUAUUUAUUUAUUAUAAAUAGGAUAUAUCAUUAUGGAAAAUAUGCGACUAAAUCUCGCAAUUUAAAUUAUCGAGGAGCUGCUAUAAGUGCAUUGGCAGAAAGUCUUGAACAUAGCAGUAAAAAUAAUUAUGGAAAUAUUCAUUAUUGACUAUCCAAAGCAUAUAUAUUAAAUAAUCAACCAUUUGAAGCUUAUUUAUCUAUGAAAAAAGCGUUAAAAUAUCUAAAAAACACUGAUGAAAACAAAAUUCAAGAAAUUAAAAAGAAAAUUGAAGAAAUUAAGCCAAAAAUUGAUAUAAUUGAGCAUAUUGACAGCAAAACGACGACUAAAUUUGGAAAUAAAUUAGAAAUCGAAAAGCAUAAAAUUCAAUGUGAACAGUUAAAAAAUUUUCAAAAAGGCUAUUCAGAUAUCUAUUUGGCCAAAAUUUCAUGGGCUUGUGGGAACGAAGAUGACGCAAUUACACUUACAGAAGAAGCUAUUAAAUCAAAAACUUUAAAUUUUAAAGCCUAUGAACAAUUAUUUCAUUAUUUAGGACACAGUCAUGACCAAGCAAGCAUAAAAAAGCAUGCAAAAGAAAUGAUAAAAAAAGCCAAAAACCCUAGCUUGCCUACACCAUUAUGAGUCCAAGCCCAUAUCAAAUAUGCCAAAUUAAUAGAAAAUUCCAACCCUGCAAAAGCGAUUAUAAUCCUUAAAUGCCUUGCAAAAGUAUUCCCACCGCUAUCACAUGGUGAAAUUCCUUAUAUAAAAGCCAUAAAAAAAGCUGUAACAUUGAGUGAGCUAAAAGAGGUUACUAUGAAAAUUGUGGAAAAUUCUAGCUCUUAUAAUUAUUCGAAUUAUAAAAAUUCUCAAGUAGAUUUACAGUAUUAUAUGAAGGCUUAUAUUCCUGGAAGGCCUCAAGAAACUGAUAUACCUAUGGAUGUAUUUUACUAUUCACAUCGUUAUAAAAAUUAUUUUUAAUAAAAAAAUAUUGAAUUUAGCAUGAGAAAAAUAAUAAAAUAUUAAAAAAAAUAAUUAAUAAAAUAUAUAACUAUAGAAACAUAUUCCACAAAUGAUGAAACUAAAAAAUUCGAUUUAGCUAAAGAAAUCAGGCAUUUCAGCACAAAUAGAAGCCUUACAGGGAAAUCUGAAAGAUAUACCUCACUCACAAUAGAAACAGAAUUUGAAGACUCAGAAACAAAAUCAAAAGAUAAAAAUGCAAUUCCUGUAGAAACCCCCAAAAAAGGGUCAGCCUUAGUUUUUCCAAUAUGCUCAAAUCCUCACUUUUUGUAUAAAAUCGCUAAAAUUGCAGUAUUGAAAAGAGUUUGUAUUGCAGAUGGACUUUACGCUAUAGAGGACUUUUUAUCGAUUCUGAAACACAAAAAACAAAAGAAACACACCGAGGCUUUAAAAAUUAAAGGCCUUUAUUGAAAAUCUUUUUUAUUAGAAGAGUCUUUUGAAAGAGUCAAAGCCUUAGACCUCAUGCGCUCAAUACUGCCUGGGCUAAUUAAAUACAAAUUUUCAGAAAAAGCCGAAAAAAUCAAGACUUUUCUGUCAAAUCACUAA